CUUGGAGUGUGGCAUCAACAUCCAAAAAAAAAUUCAACAAGUAACGACUUGGCUCCUUAUACAUCUUUUAUGGUCCGUAUAUCCGUUUUCAUAAGAUCGUCUAAUAACACAAUUAGUUUCAAUCUUCCCUCUCGCCCUCCCUUCACCAAAACCCUAGAAAUCCAUACCAGCGGAAUCAAAUGUCAGACCAAAUUCCUUUCCAUAUCCAAGAGGAGAUCGUGAAAAGGCUUCCUGUCAAAUCACUAGUUCAGUUUAGAUCUGUCUGCAACGAAUGGAAGAGUUUCAUCGACAGCUCUAAGUUUAUUGCUGCUCACAGCGUUAUUCAACCACAACAUUUGCUUUUAAGGUACGAAGAUCCGGUAAAAAAAACGGAAAAUUAUGUUUGUUUUGUGGAUGAUGACACUUUCCCUCAACAGAGGUUCGUUCAUACCCUUCCCCUGUCCGUUAAACUCCUUAUAGGCUCAACCAUAGUCGGUAGUUCUUAUGGACUAUUAUGCUUUCGUGGUCAUUGUGGGAAACGCAAGGAUCUCUGGACUAAAUUGGAAACAGAGACUGUUGUUCUGUGGAAUCCUUCGAUUAGAAAGACAAUUACUAUUCCUAUGCCUAACAUGUUUAAUAAGGACCAUGAAACUGAUCUUGGUUUUGGGGUUUGCCCUGUUACUAUUGACCCUAAGAUCGUUGAGAUCACGCAAUUUCACAAAAUAAGCUACAAUUGUGAAGCUAAAGUUUACACUGUGAACUCAGGUAAAUGGAGAAGUCUAUCUAGCAAUGUUCCGAGUAAACAGUUUCGUGUCUUCUGAGCUCAAGUGGUUGUUGAUAGGUUUAUUUAUUGGUGUGCUUUUGACCCUAUGACUAUAGAUAACGAGUUGCCAAAUCAUAAUUUUAUAAUGUCAUUUGACAUAACUAAUGAGAAUUUUGGAGUGGUAGAACUCCCAGAUUGUUUAAGGCGCCACUCUCCCUCUCAGUUGUGUAUUUCUAAGGUAAGGGAGUCUCUUGUCAUGCUCGAAUAUGAUAGCUUUGUGAAACGUGCUUGUGGUGUAUGGAUGAGGGAUAAUGGUGUUGACAAAUCAUUUACUAAGAGAUUUACUGUUGAGGCUCCACCAUAUUCGUCAAUGUCAAUAACAACACUUGGAUUUAGGAAGAGUGGUCAACCUUUAUAGGAAGUGGAAAAUGGUGAUGAAUAUAUUGGAUGAAGUGCACUUGUGGUGUAUGAGCGUAACUUAGAAUACUUCGAUGAUAUUGGGAUUUAUGCAACAAUUGAAUCUUUCAUUGUGAAUUCGUAUAUGGAAACUCUAGUUUUGCUUGGUUGAUUUGAUAGUAGUAGUUACUGAUGAUAAAUCUCACAUUUUUGUAAAUUAUAGGAUUAAAAUAUCAAGUUAGGAGGCAACGUGAGUGAUUUUUUCAAGGGUGUAAAUCUGAAAUUUCUUUGUUUCUGCUUUCUCAAACUGUGAUGCUUGCAUAUUGAUAAUAUCAGAGUAAUUUAGUUUAUAA